CUCGAUAGUGGUGAAUGGUGAUUGGUGAGUGACUGUCUGACUGGUCAUUGGUCAAUCGGGGUUGCGCAAUUUGAAUUUUUUUGAACUAGCCGAUCCCGCUUUGUUCAUCUCCCACAAAACAACACCGCCGCCGGAAAUCCUCACCAAAUCGCCAAUCGGAGGUAUUAAAGAUGAGCUCACCUGUCUCCUACACAAUCGACGACAAGGACCUCGACGAUGCUGCACUCUGGGCAGUGAUCGACUCCGCCGAAGCCUCCCGCAAGCAGCUCACCACCGUCAAACACCGCAGCUUCCACUCUCCGAUCUCCAAGCCCUCGCCGCCACCACCUUCGAAAGCCCCACCGAGCUCCAAAUAUAACUCCAAUGCCAUUUCCCCUUACUUGGAUCCUUGUCGCAGCAGGCCUCAGAAGAUGGCGAGGACCUGCGCCUCCGAGGGGAGCGAGACUACGAGUCCGCUCGCUGUGGUCUGGGCGCCGGUUGCUACCAAGACAGCGUACUCCUCUCCGGAGGCGUACUUGUCCCCACAGAUCGGGAGGUAUGUCGUGAAUGAUCUUGGCGAUGACAGAUCUGACGUGUCUCCCGGGAGCUGCAUUCGGCAGCAGCAGGGCGAGGAGAAGGAUCUUGUGCGGCAUUGCUUGAAUUUGAAGUUCCCUUCGGUUUCUCUGUUCAAGGACUACCAGAAUGCGGCUAUGGCGAUUCUGGAGAAGUCUGAUUACAUGACGAUUUCAGGACACCCGUUCAUCAAGAAGUCUGGUUGGAGGAAGAUAUCGUGUUUCUUCAACCUAUCCUUUGAAAUCAAAGAUAAGAGCAUCGAAUUCGACGAAAACCGAAAUGUCCAGCGAGCUGAGUUUGUUGUUCGAGCUUAUAUGCAGGGUGGAAGGUUCUCUGAUGGGUGGGGCUCAUGUGAAAAGCGUGAGAAGCGGUUCUUGAAACCAAAUCAUGAUAUCCCUAGCACAGCAGAAACUCGGGCAAAGAACAAAGCUUCCCAGGACCUGCUUGGAAUUGGAGAGUAUCGGCCUGGUGCAGGCCAAUCUCACGAAUAGCGAACAUAGUCAGUCCCCCCUUUCGCCUCUUUGAGCGGCUAGCUAGUCAACAAUUUUACUUCAAUCACCAUGUAACAGAGGAGAGCAAUACCACAAAAGCCAAAAAGAGAGGAGGUUUUGAUACGUCUACGACUCGUAUACGUUAUGUGGAGUGAACUGGUGGUCGAGUAAGGAGUAACCCUUUUUGUUAGUUGCCCCCGCAACACUCCUCUGCCUUUCGAGCAAGUUAACAGAACGGAUGGAUGCAGUAGUCAUGUUUAGAAAAGAGAACGCGAGUAAGAAAGGGACAACAGCCGGGUCCUGAUAAUGGUGCGGCAAAAGGCAAAGGACAUGUUAAAGGGGGGGCAUCUUGGUUGCCAGUGGCCUCUGGGAAACUGGCAGCAAGUUGCUAGCAUUUUAACAGUGACCAAGUAUACCUUACUCCUCCACCUUAGUUGAAACGUUUUCUUUGUCUCCGUCAACUGUGGGAUGAGCAAGUAUACCAAAAUAUGGCUUAUCAGUUAUAUCAUACGUUGCAUAACCAUAGG